GCUUCCCGCCCGUGAGCUCGGGGGCGGGACCAGAACCGCCUCCUCGCCCUCCCAUUGGCCAGCGCUGCCGGCGCCGCGCUCCCAUUGGCUGCUGCCGCUUCCCUCAGCCUGUCCCCCAACAUGGCGCCGGUGGCGGAGGCCGUGGCGCUGCUGGAGGCGCUGCGGGGGCAGGUGGCGGCGGUGGCGGAGCACGGGCGGGGGCUGCUGCGGCGCGUGCGCGCGGGGGGGCUCCGCACCGGGAAGGGCGUGUCGCUGCUGGAGGUGCGGGCGCAGGCGCUGCUGCAGUACCUGCAGGACCUGGGGCUGCUGCUGGGGGGCAAGGCCCGGGGCGGGGCCCUGGGGGCGGAGCCUGCCCUGCCCCGCCUGCUGGAGACCCGUGUGGUGCUGGAGAAGCUCCGCCCCAUCGAGCAGCGCCUCAAGUACCAAUUGGAGAAGCUGCUGCGGGUGGCGGCCGCAGGGGGGCGGGCCCACAGUGACCCGCUGCGCUUCCGCCCGGACCCCGCCAAUAUGGCGGCGCAGGACGAGGAGGAGGAGCAGGAAGAAGAGGAAGAGGAGAGCGGGCACGGGCCGAAGGCCCCCGGGUUGGGCGGGGGGCGCCGCUACGUCCCCCCCCGCCUGGUGCCGGUGCAGUACGGCGCGGAGGGGCAGGAGGAGCGGGAGCAGCGGGCGCGGGCGGCCUCGCGGCGCCGGGCCCUGAGCGCCUCCGUCCUGCGGGAGCUGCGCGAGGAGCUCAGCGACGCCCCCCAGGAGCUGUGGGGCGGCCCCACAGCGGGGGCCCUCCCCGCGCCCCACAGCGCUCUACGCAGGACGCGCUACGAGGAGGCCAUGCUGGUGCGGCUGAGCGAGAGCCGGCGGGGAGCGGGCGUGGCGGCGGCGGGCGGCGGCCGAGGGCGGGGGCCUGGCCCACAUCACCCGCUUCGGGGACAUCGGGCCCCUGCUGGAGCCCGCCAAUCAGGAGGAGCCGCCCCCCAAGAAGAGGAAGAAGAAGGCGGUGCCGAAGAGGAAGGGCGGGAAGAGGAGGGGUUUCCGCCGGCGACGCUGAGCCCCGCCCACGGACGUGGCCCCGCCCCCUGCGCCAUUGGUCCCUCCGCAGCCCCCCAUUGGUCUUCAUCGGGAAUAAUUAAUGAGGGGGCGGGGCUUUCUCUGUCAGUCAUUAAAGCCCUGGCGCAACCUUCAUACAAACCAACACAGACCCCGCCCCCCUGCUCAUGGGAGCCAAUCGCGUUGCACAAGGGGGGAGAGGCCAAAAGCUGCAGCCAAUGGCGAUGUGACUGACCCCGCGGGCGGCCA